ACAAUCACAUCACUACACGACUACGGACCGGAAGCGUUGCGCACGUCAGUCAUUCAUUUUUGAUCUUAAGAUUUUUACAAAAUAAGUAAUAUCCUAUUAAUUUUAUUUCAAUUUCAAGUUGUUUAAGAUACGCUAAAAACUGGGUGCUAUAAAUAUAUUGUGAAUAUUGCUUUUGCAUUUACGUCUUAUUUUUAAGAAACUAAUAUGUCUGGAGAACCUGAUGUUGCUCGUACUCCAGAGGAGGAAACUGAAGAAGAAAUCAAAUCCUCUUACAAACCACCUCCGGAAAAGACCAUAGAGGAGAUCCUAGCUGCUGAUCAGGAAGAUGAGUCUUUACGGAAGUAUAAAGAGGCAUUGUUAGGACAGGUGCAGGCUGGUCCUGUGAUAGUUGACGCUAAUGACCCACGGAAAGUGAUUGUCAAAAAGCUGGCGUUGUGCGUGGCUGACCGUGAUGACUUGGAGCUAGACCUCUCUGGAGACCUAACUGAUCUCAAAAAACAGGUAUUCACUAUAAAGGAGGGCGUGCAGUACAAAAUAAGAAUCGACUUUAUAGUGCAGAGGGAGAUCGUGCAUGGUCUGAAGUACGUGCAAAAGACCUAUCGUAUGGGUGUGCCAGUGGACAAAAUGACACACAUGGUCGGAUCUUACCCCCCCAAAACCGAGAUUCAGUCAUAUACCACGCCCCCUGAAGAUGCGCCUUCGGGGAUGAUGGCGAGAGGAUCCUAUUCUGUCAACAGUCUCUUUACCGAUGAUGACAAGAAUGUCCACCUUCAGUGGGAGUGGACCUUCGACAUCAAGAAGGAUUGGAAGGAUUAGAUAGAAUGGGUGAGGUCCAGUACUUCCAGCGUUGCGGUAUAUUUACUGAUUUUACAGUAUAUCUACUGUAGAAAAAGAUUGCGAGAAAUGCAGUUAACGUUUUGUUAAUACGAUUAAAUUUUAAGAAACUAUAAAGAAAUCUAGAUUUUGGUGAAACCUGCUGAGGUCUGGAAGUACUGGCGAAACUGUGACCCAAAACGAAAUUGUCCAUAUCCAGCAAAAUUUUCAUGAAAGAGAAGAAAAAUCAACCCAGUGCAAUGGAAAAGAAAAAACCUGAUUGAAACGUGUUUAUUUUUUGGGGGUUGAGGUUUAAAAUUAUCAGUUAACCAAAGGGGUGUCAAAUACGUUAAAUUGUGACAGCAAUAGAAAUGCUAGGCAUGCGUGUUAACACUAAGGAAAAUAUAUAAAUUUUGUUUGAUUUGGGCAAUUUCGUUUGAAAAUUGUAAGUUUUUCAUUAAAAAGCUCUCACGGUCAAGCGCACACCGCAGAAUGCUAAGUACAAGUAUAAUGUUUUGGAGAUGAAUAAUAAAAAAAAUAGUGUACAAAUACAUGUCUACCCUCCUUUUUUGUUUUUUUUAUGAAUGCAAUUGAAUAAGGUUUUAAUGAUUUUUUUAUAAUUGAACUUUUUUGACGUGACAAUAUCUAAUAAAUUGAUAAAUAUCGGCUGCAUACAUGAAAAAGGUCAUUGCCUAAUCAUUGUGUCGAGACGCUCAUUGGCCUGUUACGAUAAAUUUCCUGUUACGUUAACUGUCCUGUUACAGUAACUGUCCUGUUACGAUAAUUGUCCUGUUUGCGCGGGAUCUCUCCCUCUUACACUUAUAUAUGCAUUAUGCAAUCAUUUUUAUCAAUGUUUUGUUAUUACGUUGUCACGUUAAACUAUUUUAUCCGUAAACCGACUUUACAUGCAAGCAUUUUUUUAUUUGUCUGAAGCAAUUGGUAGAUGUAUGAAGCGUCUUAUUUUUUUAAUCACAUAGAAGGUUUUUCUAUAAGCAACAAAUUAUUUAAAGUAAUUACAGAUUUUUUUACUUUGCAUUACGCAUCUUAAAAAUGUUUAUGUCAUAUUGUAUCUAGCAUUCUGUUCACCUGAAAUGUAAAGACCAUAGAGCCAGAGGUGAGCAUAGAGUAUGGAUAGAAGCAUAGAGCGGGGUGCCAUAGACUUGGCAUUUAGGGGAGACGAGUGAUUAACGGUUAACCGUUUGUACAAUUUUAGUGUCAUAUUUGUCUGUAUUCAGUAUUAAUCGCUCGUUUCGCAUGACACUAGUGCAUUUUAAUCUAUAGGGACUGGACUAAAUAUUUUUUUUAUAAAUACUACAGAUUCAGAAUUUUCGCAAUUUCUUUGUAAAAUGCGUAGAUUAAGGUAGGGUUAAUGUUUAGUCAGUAGUUAUAGUACUCACCCCUUUACUUAUAAUCCCUCUUUAAGUACCAUGUAUUAAGCAGUCGAUAUCGAUGAGUCAAAAACGUGUAUUUGACAUAGGAAUGUUGAAGUAUUCAAUUUAGCAUCUUGAUGUUUAUAAGUAAGGGGAUAUAUGUUUAAUACUUUCAUGCAUAUAUCUUACAAAUUCAUUAAUAAUAGCUGGUUUGAUACAUGUAACGUUACUAUUUGGUCAUGGACAUUUUAAAUAAUUGUGAUUUCUAUAAAACAGUUUAAGAAUGCCAAAAGUGAAAAUGUACUUUUAUAUUAAUUUGUUUUACUCGGACCAAAGUAUCGUCAAAUAUUUUUUGUACGUCUUUUCUACGACAGUUGAAAAUCUAUCACUUCGCCUCACAUUAGAGAGAGCGGGACAAAUAUAUUUCUACAAACAUCAUGUUGUAAGGGGAUUCCCCGUUGGUGCAUGGAUAUAGUCUAUUUUUAAUACGUAGCCUCUAACCAGCCAGAUUUGGCAAUAAUAGUAUUACUUUUGUAUUCAUUCAUUAUUUAGAUCUUAGGGCUCGCGUGUAUGGGCGUGGCUACACUUGGGGCGGUUUACUGAUUUCAAAAUUUAAAAAAAAGUAGUAUCGUCACUUGUGACGUCUGACAUAUGACAUAACACCGGGAGUCCAUAGAUAGUUUUUCUAUCUGCAUUAUAGUUAUUUGUAAAUUAUUUUUAUUAGAUGGCAGUGUGGUCUUUUGGGAUCAGCGUGCGAUGCUCUAUCUAUAGAAUUUCUUUAUAUGCCCAUUUAACAUUUGCUCGAACAGUGUCUAAGGCAUCAUGAGGCCUUAGACCCAAAACGUCGACGGCGUGUGUCAGGCACAUGAGUCUCUAAAUGCCUAUUAAAUUUAUGAAUGAUCACGAUACAGAUACAGACAUCUGAGGCUCAUACCUAAAAAGAUUGUAGCGGCACUGAUUUAUUUUUAUCACAUAAGUAAC